AUGUCGCAUAAAGCUUACUACAAAAAAUCAUUUGGAAUCGAAAAUGAGAGAUUGCUCGGAGGAUUGGCUCUAUUUAUUGCGGCUACAAUUGUAACCCAGGAUCUUACAUUUGGUUUUGAGAUACACCUAUGUAAUCCACACCUGACUAUUCCACUUCAUCUUCUUGCUUCUUCAGUCGUUAUUUAUAUUUUCUGGAGGAUGAGCAAAGUCAAACCAGAUUACAAUGGAGAGGAACCUUAUGAAGUGAUCUACGGUGGACAGGAAAGCGAGACUAAGAAAUCGCUGGAUUCAAAAUGA